AUGCAAUUGCAAGCUUUCCUUGGCGGACAAGCGAGCGACGCACCUUCCACUUACUUGCGCUGGACCGUCGACAAGGACGAUCGCUCAUUCGUCAGUGGUGGUAGACUUUCUAAGGUCAAUUCAUACGUCAUCCCCCAACUCGCAUUUUUCUUUUUCCCCAGCUUGUGCCGCUUCCCACAAAUUCUGAUCCGGGAUAAAGGAGGCAAAGCGCGCAACGCAGGCGCAAGACCUCUCUAUUCGCAUAAACCCACGUCAUCCUCGCAUUCACUCUUCGCAAGUAACCAAAUUGGCUUUAGCUCGCAACCUAUCCCGCUGCAAAAUUUAUCCGGACCGCCUCGGACAAAUAACCGUUGA